AUGGAUUGGACAGCAAUCAAAGGCCUCGUUGAAGAAAUGAUUGAUUCUAAACUCUCUCCACUUCAAGAAACCAUCCACACUCAAAGAACAUACCUCGAGGAGCUUAUUAAGAAAUUAGAACCUAAUGGAAAAGAUUCAAAAAGGACUGGGUCAGCUGGCAAACCAAGGCUUUCAAUAAAUGUUGGGGAUAUUUCUCCUCCUGAAAAAGAUAAAAGGCCUAAGACAACACGUGCAACUACUGGUAGAGCAACCAGCCCUGUCAAUGAAGAACUAAAAAAAGAAAAGGAAGAAGAAGCUAAUUUCAUAAUUAGGAAAGAACAAAAACUGCAUAUUUCAAUAAAAUUUAUUAUAAAUAUAAUUGAAUUUUUCAAAAAUUAAUAAUAGAUUUUAAUAUAUUUCUUCAAAUUAAAAUAUAAAAAAAUUCCAAAUUAUGUUCAAAUAAAAAGAUUUUUGCAAAUUAGGGAAAGUAAGAAAAAGGCUGAACUUAAGGCUCAAAAAGAUCUAGAAAUCAAAAAACACCAAGAAGAAAUCAAGAAAAAGAAGCAAGAAGAGCUAGAAAAGAAAAAAGAGCAAGAAGAAAAGAAGAGAGAAGCCAAAGAAAAAGCAAAAGAAGAGGAAAAUAAGAAAAAAGAAGAGGCAAAGAAGAAAAAAGCCGAAGAAGAAGCCAAGAAAAAAGAAGAAUUCAAACAAAAGCAAGCUCAAGAGGCUGAGAAAAAGCGCAAAGACAUGGAAGAGAAAAAUAAAUUGAUAGAGGAAAAGAAGAAGAAAAAGGAAGAAGAGAAGAAAAAAGGAGGAGAAGAGGAGAAAAAGGAACCUAAAAAGAAAGAAGAGAAGAAAGAAGAGAAGAAAAAAGUCCCUGGCAAGAAAAAAGAAGAAACCAAAAAGAUUGAGGAAGAAAAGAAAGUCGAAGAGCCAGCUCCUGUAGAAGAGGAAAAGAAGGUUGAAGAGCCUGUCUCUGAAGCCAUAGAUGAGCCUUCUUAUAAGACUUUAGAAGAAGUCCAAGAAGCAAUAAAAAAACUUACCUCAGAAAACCCAGAACCUCAAGAGCCAGCCUUUGAACUAUCAGAGAAAUCUAAAGAGUCAUUAAAAGCUCUCAAUGAAUUAGAAGAAGAAAAAUUUUAUCUCGAAAUAACCCCUCCAGAGGACACUAUUUUUGUAUUGAGACUUUUCUUACAGCUCCUAGGGCAAAAAAUCCAGGAAAAUAGCGGAGAAGCUUGGGCUCAGUGCCAAGAUUUCUUAAGGGAUAUAAAGAACAAAGAUCUUCAUGAAGGGAAAAUAUUGAGUGAUGUGAUUGAGGAAAAAGCCAGCUCUUUUGAUUUUAGCUUUGAGAAUUUAUACUCUUUAUUGUGAGUAGCUUGAAUUUAUUAAUUUAUUUUCUAAAAUAAAUCUUUAGACAGUAUUUGAAUAUUUAUAGAGAGAAAGGAUAGACAAAGUUGAAGAAAUUGCUAGAGGAAAUCACGCAAAGUUAAAUCCUAAUUAUCAUGCAAGUACUUGCGCAUUAGCAGAAAGUCUUUCAUUCGUUGUGCGAGAUGCUCUAGUAUACGGAGGCAUUGCAAGAGGAGAAGGACCUUCAAAACUCUAUAGUUGGCUUUUGCAUAAACAAGCAUUACUAACAGCUAAUUAA